AUGCUGCUUUAUUUAACCUCUAAAUAUUUUUUUCCCACGUCAAAGUUCUUCUUACCUUUAAAGAAGUUUCCAAACAUACUUUUUUCAAAUAAUUAUUAUCAAAAAUCCAAAAAUUCUUUUCUUAAAAAUAAUAAAUUUUAUUCUACGUUACGAUUAAAAGAUACUAUUUAUGCGUUAUCAACCGCUCAAGGAAAGGCCGGAAUUGCAAUUAUACGCGUUUCUGGCUCUAAUGCUUUACAGGCCAUAGAAGAUAUAACUGCAGACUUUUCUGAAAAACCAGUUCCUCGUAAAGCCACGUUAAAAACAAUUAUUCACCCGAAAACUAAAGAAGUAAUUGACCACGGGUUAAUUUUAUGGUUUCCAGGACCAAAAAGUUAUACAGGCGAGAAUUUAGUUGAAUUUCAUAUACAUGGUGGUACUUCUGUCGUGAGAGGUGUAUUAGACGCGCUAGGGAAUAUGGAAAAUUUCAGACACGCAGAAGCUGGUGAAUUCACGCGUAGGGCUUUUGAAAAUGUUAAAUUUGACUUGACGGAAAUUGAGGGUCUUGCCGACUUGUUAAAUGCAGAAACCGAAGCUCAGAGAAGACAAGCAUUACGUCAGGUUCAGGGUGGAUUGAAAAUUUUAUAUGAAAAUUGGAGAAAGCAAUUAAUUAAUAAUAUGGCUUCCAUAGAAGCUAUUAUAGACUUUGGUGAAGAUGAAAAUAUUGAAGAUGGAGUUUUUGAAAAAGUAGCGGAAAAUGUAAAACUUUUGAAAAAUGAUAUUAUCGAACACUUGAACGAUAAUCGUCGCGGGGAAAUCUUAAGAGAUGGUAUACGCGUUACAAUUUUAGGACCUCCAAAUGUUGGCAAAAGUAGUUUCCUGAAUUAUUUAGCUCAAAGAAAAGCCGCUAUCGUAUCACAUAUUCCCGGAACCACACGUGAUAUCGUCGAUAUUUCUUUGGAUUUUGGAGGGUAUCCAAUUAUAAUCAGCGACACUGCAGGUUUAAGACCUUCGGAUGAUGAUGUUGAAAUUGAGGGAAUUUCAAGGGCAAAAGAUCGGAUAAAAACAGCCGAUAUCAAAAUAAUAAUUCUUUCCAGCUUAGAAUUGUUGCAUUCCAUAAAAUCCAAUCAUAAUUAUUUCUCCAAUAUAGAUUCAAUUAUUAAGGAUACUGUGGAUGACAACACAUAUCUAAUUAUUAAUAAAAGCGACCUCGUAGAAAACAAAUCCGAUUUAUCGAAAUUAAAACAAAUAUCUCUAAAAUCUAUUCCUGUAAACUAUGUUUGGUGCUUAUCGUGUCUCUCAGGAGAAGGAUUCAAUGAGUUUCAAGAAACAUUUAUAAACUCCAUUAAACAAAAAUAUGAUUCAUUAUCUUCUCAAAUCGCUUUAAUCACUCAAGCUCGACACCGUGAGCACUUAAGCGAUUGCCUAAAAUCACUAGAAAACUUUCUUGAACUCAAUGAUUUGGUAUUGGCUGCUGAAGAAUUAAGGUUUGCAACUCAUGCUUUAGGAAGAAUUACAGGUCGAGUUGAUGUUGAAGAAAUAUUAGGAGUUAUAUUUCAACAAUUUUGUAUUGGAAAAUAA